AUGGAUGCUGAUGUUGACUUCCCGAUGCACCUGACUCCUGGUUCUGGCGACCUACGAAAUCUCUUGUUUGACUGGCUCGCGGCUGCCCGAGGACCCAAAAAACACUUGAAGCGUCUCGCUGCACCCUCAUCAUGGAUGCUUGACAAACUGAGCGGUACAUACGCUCCUCGUCCUUCGCCUGGUCCCCACAAGCUCCGCGAAUGUCUCCCUCUUACGAUCUUCCUCCGCAAUAGGCUGAAGUAUGCUCUGACCGGCAAGGAAGUCACGUCGAUCGUCAUGCAGCGCUUGAUUAAGGUCGACGCAAAGGUCAGGACUGACCCCACAUAUCCUGCUGGCUUCAUGGAUGUCAUCUCGAUUGAGAAGUCCGGCGAGCACUUCCGUCUACUCUACGAUGUCAAGGGUCGCUUUACCAUCCACCGCAUCACUCCUGAGGAAGCUACCUACAAGCUCCUUAAGGUCCGCAAAAUGGCCAUUGGUAACAAGGGUGUUCCAUACAUCGUCACACACGACGGCCGCACGAUCCGCUAUCCUGACCCUGCCAUCAAGGUGAACGACACCGUGAAGUUCGAUCUCGAACAGGGUAAGAUCGUGGACUUUGUGAAAUUUGACACCGGCAACAUCGUCAUGAUCACCGGUGGUCGCAACAUGGGUCGUGCUGGUGUGAUUGUCCACCGUGAGAAGCACAUUGGUGGAUUCGAUAUCGUCCAUGUGAAAGAUUCUUUGGAUCGGACAUUCGCGACGCGGAUCUCUAACAUUUUCGUUCUUGGAGAGGGCAUCAAGCCAUGGAUAUCCCUGCCUAAAGGCAAGGGUACCAAGCUUACCAUCACCGAGGAGCGCGACGUCAGGAGGAGACAGCGGGCGGCUGAGCAGUAA